AUGAACGGUCUCACAAGCAGCCUGUUCCCUGAGAACGUUGAGUGCGUGCCGAUUACGCAGGUCCCAAGCCAGCGAUCGCGCUGCAAGAAGCACGCCUUACGGCGGGGCGAUGUGCACAGCAGCAUCGGCAACACAACUCACAGAGAGAAGAGAGUCUACAUGCGAGCCGAAGAAGAGAAUUCUUCAGGACCUAUUACGAGCAAGACGUAG